AUGAAUGGCAACAAAAGAAGGAAAAUAGGAUUCCAAGAACAUGAAUUCAAACCAGGUUAUAUUGUCAGAGUUAAAGUAAGAAACUUUGUUACUUAUUCUGAAGGUGAAUUCAACUUAUCACCAUUAUUAAAUAUGAUUAUUGGACCUAAUGGGACUGGUAAAAGUACUGUGGUGGCAGCUAUAUGUUUGGGAUUAGGUGGUAAAGUUGAUUUGAUCAAGAGAAAGAAUAUGAAAUCAAUGAUUAAAACUGGAGAAACUAAAAGUACUAUUGAAAUCACUUUAAAGAAUGAUAUUGAUAAACCAGCUCUUGUCAUCAGACGUGAAUUCACUGAAAAGGAAUCAGUUUGGAGUAUAAAUGGUAGACCAGCCACUGAAUCAAAGAUUAAAGAAAUACGACGUAAAUUUAAUAUUCAAUUGGAUAAUCUUUGUCAUUUUUUACCUCAAGAAAGAGUAGCUGAAUUCGCUGGAUUAAGUCCAGAAAAGUUAUUACUUGAAACUGAAAGAACUCUUGGUGAUGGUCAUUUAUUAGAAGCUCAUCAAGAUUUAAUUCAAAUGGAUAAUGAAUCUCAAACACUUUUGAAUAAUAUCAAUGAUAUCGAAGUUCGAUUAGAUCAAUUAAUAGAAGAAAGAAGAGCAUUAGAAGAAGAAGCUAAACGAUUUGAAGAAUAUGAAAAAAAAUUGAAACAAAUCGAUCUCCAUAAAAAGUUGAUUCCUUAUGCUCAAUUGUUAGAUUUAAAGAAACAUAAAGAAAAAUUACAACGAGAUAUGAGAGCUGCUAAAGAUGCUUUACUUAAUUUUGAUGAAAAAAUGAAACCAGCCAUUGAUUUAGUAGAAUUCUUUAAACGACAAGUUGAAGAAAAAAAGUCAACUGUGGAAGAUAAUAAGCAUGAACGAGGUGAAAUAAAUUCUAGAGUUGAAAAUGCAAAGAAAGAUUUAACUAAGAUACUUGAAUCUAUUGAUUCUAUAAAAUCAAAUAUUAACAUUUGGAAGAAAAGAUCAACCGAAAGUAAACUUCUUUUAGAAAAAUUAAGAAAUGAAAAACAAUCCUUGGAACAAUCAUUACAAGAUCUUGAUGAGGUAGAUGAUGAAAAAUUUGAAGAGUUAAGACAUACCAUGCAACAAAAGAACAGUGAAAAGAAUACUGUACUCUCAACUAUAGAAAGAAUUGAUUCUGAAGCUAAGGGAAGUAUAUCAAAUGUCAGAAGAUUGGGUGAUCGUAUAGAAGAUAUUAGAAAAACAUUGAAAGGUAGUGAUAGAUUAGCCUUACUUGAUCCUUCUAAUUUUGGUACUACUCAAAAAGAUGUUGCAUUCAAUAGUCAUGUAGCAUUGAGAAAAGAAGCCAGUUUGAAAGGUCGUUAUUUUGAAUGUCCUAUUAUAUGUUGUACUGUGACUGAGAAAGAAUAUUCGAAAUAUUUGGAAAAAGUGGUGGAUAAUAAUACUUUAUUUUCUAUUACAACCAGUAGUAAAGAAAAUUUUGAUAGUAUAAGAAAAUACAGUGAUCAUAUUCGUAUUAAUUUCCCUAUAAGAUUGUCUGUUAGGAAAGAAGCUCCUUCGCCAUCAGUUCCACUUGAUCAAAUUAAGAGAUUUGGAUUUGAUGGUUAUUUAUCUGAUUUCGUCAGAGGUCCAGAUGAAGUUUUAAACAUGUUAUAUGAUAUUUCAAAGAUUCAUAAUGUUCCCGUAAGUAAAAAGCCGUUUUCAAGUUCUCAAAUUGAAAGAUUACUUAAACCAGAUGGUAGAGGUAUGAUUCCAUUCAUGAAGUUUAUCGCUGGAAAUGCAUUCUAUUCUAUUCAAAGAUCAAGAUAUGGUCAAAAGCAAAUCUUUUAUGUUACAGAAGAAAUUGAAGAAGCAAAAUACUUUAAUGCAACUGGUUUAAGUGCUGAAGCUAGAAGUAAAUAUAAUGCCAAGUUGAAAGAAUUAUCUGAAGAAGAACAUAAAGAAAGACAAAUCUGUAAGGAAUUCCUGGAGAAGACUCAUGAAGCUAAAGAGAAACAGCGUGAGAUUCAACGUGAAAUGGAAGGGUUAGUUAAUCAAAUUGAUACUAUGAAACUUCUAAAGAAAAGAAGAGUUGCUCUUGAAACUAAGAUCGACGGUAAGAAAGAAGAAAUUACAAAAACCAUCAGAAUUUCGAAGAGAGAUUAUAGUGAAAGAAUAGAAAAAGCAAGAGAAGAAAUAAAUGCAAGAUUUAAAGAAAGUUCGUUACAGGUGACUAAAAUCAUGGAAUAUACCCAAGAAUUAACUAAAGCUACGAUCAAGCAUAAUUUCAAAACAUUUGAAUUAUUGGAUUAUAGAAAUAGAGAAUUACAUGCUAAGAAAGCGACUGAAGCUUUAGAGAAUGAAAGAAAAGAAUUAGAAGAGGAAUAUCAUAGAGCCAAAGAAGAAUUAAAUAAAAUCAGGAAAGGAGAUGCCGUAAAACAAAUCGAAGAACAAGGUAAGAACUAUACUGAUGAAGAAAGAAAUGAACUUGCUGAAAUAGCUCAAAGAUAUAAAGAUAAUGAUGAAUUAACUGAAAAAAAUGUCAGAGAAAAGAUUUCCAUUUUGGAAGAUGAAAAAUCUGUCAUGGCUACUGCUGACCAAAGUUCAAUUGAAACCUUGAGAAGAAAAUUAAGAGAAAUAGAGAAUGCCAGUAGAGAAUUACCAAUCUUGAAAACGAGUAAAGAGAGACUCGACGAAAGAAUUAAGAGUAUUCAAGAGAAAUGGGAAGAAGAAUUGCUGACAUUAGUCAAUCAAAUUUCAUUAUCAUUUAAUAAAAGAUUUACGAAAGUGGCAAGUGAUGGACGUGUUGAAUUGGCCAAAGCUGAAAGAUUUAAAGAUUGGAAACUUCAAAUUUUAGUUAAAUUCAGAGAAGAAUCAGAAUUGAAAAUCUUAGAUCAUCAAUCUCAAUCUGGUGGUGAAAGAGCAGUUUCCACUAUUUUCUUUAUUAUGUCAUUACAAGGUUUGACUGAUGCUCCUUUCAGAGUGGUUGAUGAAAUUAAUCAAGGUAUGGAUCCAAAGAAUGAGAAAAUGGCUCAUAGAUACUUUGUUCAUACCGCAUGUCAAAAUCAAAACUCACAAUAUUUCUUAGUUACACCAAAGUUAUUAACUGGUUUAUACUAUCACCCAAAUAUGGUUGUGCAUUGUAUAUACACAGGACCUUUAAUAGAAGGACCAGUUGAAGAAUCAGAAGAUAGUACUGGUUUUAUGGACUUUACUAAAAUUUACUAG